AUGGCCCCCAUCAGGUUCGCCAAGAAGCUUCCGGUGCCCGAGGCUGCGGAGCUCUCUGUGGCUACCUGUUUGGUGGCUUUUUUCCGAGCGCGAGGUGAUGGUCAGAGUCACGCGAAUGUGGCAGUGUCCCGCCUGGUGAGACACCUUGUCCAUGUCUUUUGCCAGCACGUUGAGACCCAGAUUGCACGGCGCUUGCUGUCCCACUGUCCGGAUCCUUCCCACGAAGCCCGGCUUCAUCCGUUUCUGGGCCACGCCCGGCGGAGAGGAAGCAAGGCUCUGGAACUCUCGCUGAUCCAGCGGUUCACUGCCAAAGGAGGUGGCUUUGUCAGCACAGCCGGCGAGCUUUCGCUUCAACGCCUUGGUGUUGUGAAGCAAGGCUCCUCCUUGGCCCAGCGGACGGGGAGCGAAUAUGUGGCACGGAGUCUCAUACACACGGCUGAGUUCGUUUCAGACUAUGUCUCUCGCGCGAGUCCCGUUGUUCUGAACUUUGCCAUGGAUGCUACACACGUGGGCGGUGAGCACGUGCUGUCGCUGGUGCUACGUCUGGACGGGCGCCACUUCGCUGGGCCGACACAAAUGCUGCCACAAGGGCCUGAUGACAACCAGGCAGCUGCUGCCUUGGUGACCUUCACCCAGGGCUUGAAGAACGCAGCAACAACACCCACCGGCUCCAAGCCUGUCGCACAGACAGGGGCGUUUGAUUGGAAGGAGUACCGCCAAGCCACAAAGGCUGUGCUGUCAGCCAUGGCAAACAGCUUGCGGCAGUGCCUUCCAAACGGGUGGUCCCUCAACAAGUGCAAGCCGCAGAACAUCCUCGCGCCCCGUGGUCUGGGCUCUGACCGGUUGCCGCUCCUUCCGGAAGAAGCGUCCAUGAUGAUGAUAGACCUGCCCGAGGGUGCCCAGGUCUUCUUCGUGUACAACUUCAAGACGCUUGAGGCCAGGCCGGACUUCUUCCUUGACUCCCACCGCCUGGUGUUUGCUGGAGAUGAAGACAUGCUGCACAAGAUCUCCCGCAAGGUUGCCUUGGCGGUGAACAGCCACCCAGAUUGCAAGGCGCUGGUCAAGCGGAUGCAACGUGUCUUUCGGUACACCCGAGCUCCCUUUGCCUCGUGUCGCUUUGGCCAGCAAAAUCUGUCAGCGCGCAAGCAGCUCCUCCUGGCUGUGAAACGUGGCGAGGCCAUUGACCUUGUGGACAUGUGGCUGCCCAACGUGGCCCGCGAUGUGGGUAGCAACCCAGUCGACUUCUCGGUUCAGCAGCUGAUUACGUUGCUGGAGGAUCGCGACAUGCAGCGGAAGCCCAAUGCUUCCGUGACGCACGCAGUGGCUCUUGCCACGGGCCAGAGGACGAAGAAGCUGAUAUCGCGGACUAUCACAGCUGCUGUUGGCAAAGCGACCGUUGAGUACUGCGGGAUCUUGCAGGCAGACCCGGACCUCUCGGACAAGCUGGCGUUCCACUCUCACUUGCUUUUGUGCACCUUGUCCUCGCUACACGAACUGGCAUCGUAUCACCAAGCCUGGCCGUGGCGCUGUGCUGCAGCUCUGGAUCCCAGCCAACUCGACUGUCUUUUGAAGAGCAUGCAACUCGAGUGGGACUUUGUGAAGAACGUCCCGGAUGUGGUGUCGCCCACUCAUCAGAUAUGGGCUGUUCUGUCCCACACCCGCUGGCAGUGCUACCGUGAACUGUUCACAACUGCUGAGUUCUUUGGAUUUGACGUGUCAAAAAUGAAGCUGCCUGUGGCAGCUCCGUUCAAGAAUGCGAUCAAGAGCGUGCUUGGCCUCACAGGCGACAAUGCUCGCUGCGACUCUCUCCUUUCGUCCUUGCACUGUGAGCUCAGCUUCAACGACGCGCGUGAUGCGUGCCGGCGUGCCAAGAAGAGCGAGCGCAGCCUCCCGGCCAACCUGCACAGUGUUCACCUGAAGUCCAGCAUUUGCCGCAGCAGCGGCUGUCCCACAUUGGAGCUCCAAGAUCACCAUUGGGAGCAGCGAAUCCCAAAACGGAGCAUUCAGAGCCAAGUGCACCAGGCAUUGAGAGUCAGUGACCGUCAGCUGGGGAUCUGCUGCGAGGGUUUGACCCGGCACAAAUCCAACCGCCUCCUGUCGAAGCCACAUGUGGUAACUGCCCGGCUUGGCUUGAUGCGGGGCCUUGUGCGCGCCUACCACGAUGCCGCGGGCACCGAGGAGGAGAAGAUGGAGGCGGCCAUCGACUGCUUUUCAAACUCCUGGAUGUCCAAGUUGGUCAGUCCCAGAUGCUUCCUCAAGGACAAGAACACCAGCCUUGGGCCACGCAUGGUGCUGCGGGCUGGCCCGUUCACUGUGUUGACACUGGGGCUUGUGCCUGAUGGCGAUGCUUUUUUGCUAACCCAUUAUGAGGUGCAGGAGUUUGUGGUUACCUCUCUUGAUCAGGUCGAGAUCGCCACCUGUGACCCCGUCAUGGUGGGGGACUGGCAAAGCCUUGCCUACCGUCAGCGCUCGGAGUUCCGCAGCCUUGUGCAGCACGUUGCCCACGAAACCAUCACGAGCAUCGGAAAGGGUGUUCUGUCUCAGCUUUGCUCCAAGCUGCAGUUGCCAGGACACAGAUCUCUGACUCACAAACUUCGGUGUGAGCUUUUCCUCAAGGCGCAAGGCGUUUCAGAGGAAAAGAUCACCCAGCUUCUUUCAGAGAUCCCCGAGACACCUCCAAGGCCCCGAAAAAAGCCUGAUCACGAUGGUGAAGAUUUCCACCCCGAGGAAUUGGCGGAGACUCUCAAAAACAUUUGCGUGGCGCCUGCGGCUGACAAUGACGAUGCAGACCAGGAGCAGGCCCAGGAGCAGGCUGGACCGGUAGCAGCCGAGCCCGCGCCAGCUGCGGAGCCAGCUCUGGAUGCAGUGCCCGGCAGCAGCCAGGUUCGAGCGGACGAGGGCGGCGCACACGCAAGUCAUCAGGCUCGCGGACGACCCGAAGGUGAGUUCGCCCCUGGAAUCCGAGCAUAUUAUGGAAAUCCGGCCAACGCAAGCCAGUUCAUCCAAGCUUAUUUGCCCACCGGAUUUGUGUUUCAAGGGCGCAAGUCAAAGACUGCUGCCUAUGCUUCGGAAGGGUGCCCCCGUGGGACACAAAGAACAAAAGCUGCAGCUGUUCUUGCAGUUCAGAGCUGGACCUGGCAGUGGUGGGCCAGCCUGACCCCGCUGCAACAAAGCAGCAUUCAGGAAUCUGAAAAGCCAGAUCUGGAGGAGCGUAGCGCCAAGCGGGCCCGUGUUGACUGA